GCCAAAAACCGUCUAGACGCUUCGUCGUGUUGCAAAUUAUUGGCGUCAUAGCAGAAAACCACUCAGUAUCACAUUGUGUUGUGUACACAAGAAGACAUAUUUACCGUUUUAUGGUAGUUAUAAAUCCAUCUUAACGCGUAACUAAUAUAAACACGGCGUUCGAAAAAUAUAAACGUAACCAAAGUGUUCAAGCGAGGCCGUUAAAUGUCGAAGAAAAGCAAAUGGUUGAAAAUGUAACAAAUACAAAUCACAGGUUAAUAGACAGUGUUACAAAGUUAAAUGUACUGAAUGAUAAUAUUUAUAAACCUUCUUUAGAAAUAUUAAACGAAGUGAAAAUACAAAAAUCUAGUUUAGUUAAUACCAACAAGUUAAAAAAGCAGAACAAAGGAAAGUAUGUAAAGAAGAAAGUGAGGUUUGAGGACUCUGAAUCGGUUCCUAAAAGAAUAUCGAUCAGAGAACGUGUAGUUCAGUUCUUUUAUUACAUUUGGACAUGUACGAGAACGACGGUUGAAAUUGUUUUGCAUUCCGAACUCGAGGAGUUGGGUGAACAACUACCACGGUACCGGCCUGACUCGAUCGCGGCGCUGCGUCGAGCCACGCGUUUCACAGAACCUGAGUUGAAAAGGCUGUAUCGAGGAUUCAAGGCAGAAUGUCCAACGGGCGUAGUACGGGAAGAUACCUUCAAACUUAUCUACUCACAGUUCUUUCCACAAGGAGCCAAUACAGCCCAGUACGCUCACUACGUUUUCAAUACACUGGACCAAGAUCGAAGUGGAUUGCUGAGUUUUGAGGAGUUCGUCACUGGCCUGUCUGUAUUAUCAAGAGGAACUUUAGAAGAGAAAUUAAGAUGGACAUUCUCACUGUACGAUAUUAACGGUGAUGGAUAUAUAACUAAAGAGGAAAUGACUGAGAUUGUAACGGCAAUUUAUGAUCUAAUGGGUAAAAUUGUAGAACCAAUGAUUGACGACGAAGCUGUACGAGAAAAAGUCGAAAGAUUAUUUCAGAAAAUGGAUUUAAACCGCGACGGCGUGCUGACUCUGGACGAGUUCCUAGACUGCUGCCUGCGAGACGAGGAAAUCACUCGCUCUAUGGGAGUGUUCGACAGCAACUUCUGACGCCCCGCAGCAGCGCGCGCGCGACGCCGCGCUUCGUAGGGCGCCGCGAUCAGGAUACAGCGAGCAAGCUUAGGGGCCAUCCAUAAAUUACGUCACACCUAGAGGUAGGGGGUCCACAAAGUGACAUUAUGUGACAAAGGGUGGGUAUACAAAAUUUUGUCACAUCACAUUUCAAAAUAUAAUAUACAUAUAUAUAAUUGUUAGUAUUAAAAUAAUUUUAUAUUUCAUGAGUAUGGUGGAUUAUGCAUGACGUAACACUAGGGGGGGGGUCUCAUAAAUGUGACCAUCUGUGACAAAGACGGGAAAGGUUAAAAAAGUCGUGGAAUUCGUGUGACAUUAUUUAUGGAUGACCCCUUAUAUGUUACCGUUUUAUUGUGAACAUUAACAUUAUAAUCUGUACAGUAAGAACGCCAAAUUGUGAUCUUAAAUUUUACAUCAGUGAUUUUAAAUUGUCUUUUGACUUAAAAAGUUUUACAAAUAAUCUAAUACAA